AUUAGCUAGUAGCUCAUGAGUCAUGCAUGUUAGUAAGAAACAAUUUAACUAUAUUUGUCUUUGGGCUAAUAAGCUGUAAAGUCGAGGCACUGGUAGUUUUGUCUUUUGUUUAUCAUCACUCACCUCCACACAAGCCAAGGAAAAACACAAUUGUGAUAGGAGCUGGGAGGAGCUGUUGUCUGUUUGUCUAUCUGUCUCUCUGCUGCACGGAGACGCAGAGAGGGAGAGAGAGAGGGAGAGAAUGCGCACUUGGAGCCCAGCGAGGAGAAUUAUUCUCCAAAAAUUUUUUUAACAUUGCCAAAAACACAAUAGAGGCAAAGAGGAAAUUUGGAACUUUGUGCUACAGGAAGUGGGCUAGUUUGCACACGUUCGGGGGUAAAUAUUACCUUUAUUUAUUUAUUUAUUUACUUAUUUUAUUUUUUUUUUUUUUAUCUCUAACUAGAAUAAGACUUUUUUUUUCUGUUUGUUUUCUGUAUGGUUGAUCAUGCAAAUACUGAACAUUGAGGAUUUCUCCAUUUGUUUGAAGGUUUCCUUUAGAUUUGAAGGGCAUAUUUUAGUUUGAAGAAUUCCCUUAAACUGAUUUGGAGUCCUUGGAGCCAUUUAUUAAGAACGCUGGAUUUGAUUGUAAGCAGUCAGAUCACACUGUAGCCUACAAAGAGAUGUAUUCAGUGUGGAAUUCUGUCCUUUCCUGGGUUUUGUUGUGUUUGUUUAGCUCAAUAGCAAUGGAAGAUACAUCACGAUCUAUAGUCAUAGAGGAACCAACAACAACAACAAGCCAGGAGGGAUCGUGUGUCACAAUUAACUGCAAAUUUAAAUAUCAGGAUGGACUGCAACUGUUGUGGAUUAAAGAUCCUAAGUGGAUUGAAAAAGAAAAGAGAUUUGAUGGAAUUAUUGUAUAUAAUAGUACAGAUGAGCAGCCACAGGUCACUGAGUACUCUAACAGAGUGGAAUUUUUUAAUGACCGUAAGCAGAGCAGUCAUUGGACCAAUUGCACAUUAAAAAUUCAUGAUCUUAAAAAGAACGACAGUGGAAACUAUACAUUUAGGUACAUAGGAUCAGAGAAAUAUAUAAGUAAUACAUUUCUUCUCACAGUCAUGGACAAUCCCUGCAAGGUCCACAUUAAGCCAGCAAAUCUGAACAAGUCAAUCAAAGAAGGAGACAAAGUGAAUCUUCAAUGUGCAACAUCAGCAGCCUGUGAGUUUCAUCCUUUAUGGCAAUCGUCUGGCUCAAGUGAGAUUCUCAAAAGUGAGCAAAGUAAAGAUGAGGUGGAAAAACGCAGUGAGCUGCAGUUGAUCGUGAGCUGGACAGAUGAUGGGAGAACUUUGACAUGUCGUCCUUCUAGAAGUAAUGACAACUGGCUGGAGAGGAGGGUUACACUGAGAGUGGAAUAUGCACCCAAAGAAACAAAAGUGAUUGAGAGCUCAAGCUCUAAGGACGUGAAAGAAGGAGAACAAGUGACAAUUUCAUGCUCCAGCAAGGCCCGCCCUAAUGCUAACUUCACAUGGAUUAAACAUCAAAGCUCUUUUUCCCAGCAUGGAGAAAAUCUUACUUUAUAUAAUAUGACACCAGAAGAUGGAGGCAAAUUCUACUGUCUGGCUAACAAUGAACAUGGAAGUGAAAAGUCAAAUGACAUAAAAAUCAACGUUAUUUAUGCUCCAAAAGGUGUCGAUAUCAAUCCUAAAUUAGCUGAACUCAAAGAGGGGGACAGGCUUACACUCACGUGUCUGGUGCAAAACAGCAAUCCAGAAGUUGACAUGCAGUCCUACAGAUGGUACAAAGAUGGUCAAGAGAUUAAUCAACAAACAAUGAAUACAUUCACUGUGCCAAGUGUAAGACAGCGUGAUAAAGGAGUGUAUCAGUGUCAGGCCAGAAAUUCAGUAGGAGAGACCAUGUCUACAAACAUUACCCAAGUAUCUGUGAAGUAUCAUCCACAAAACACAUCCAUUGACGGCACAAGUGGAAUAAAGUUGGGGUUUGAACUUAACCUUAAAUGCGUUACUGAGGCUGAACCUGUUCCUCACAAAUAUUCCUGGUAUUUUAAACCAGAACAUGAACAGCAGUUUGUCACCCUUUCACACACGGAUGAGAUGUACCAGAUUGAGAAAGUGGCUGUUAGUAAUGCUGGGUUGUAUAAGUGCAGUGCGCAGAACAUUGUAGGUAAAGGAGCAAACUCUACUGAAAUAAACGUUCUUGUGUUCUAUCCCCCCAAAACACCAAAUCUGACCAUGAAAGAAGUUGUAAAGGAAGAAGAAUUAUAUACUAUAACAUGCACUGUAGAAAGCUCACCCCAGGCGACGCUCACACUAAGCAGAUCCUCUCUGACAAACCCAGAAAAAGACAUAAUCACAGUUCAGUAUGUUCAGUCCAACACACUCAAAUUUGCUGCCAAUGCGACCGUGUCAGAUGCAGGUAUGUACACCUGCAAAGCGGAAAACACAGAGGGAAAAAACUUCUCAAAAAAUCAGCUGAAAGUUUUGUAUGCCCCUAAAAAUGUUACUGCAUUAGCAGAUCCUGGUGUAGAGCUAAAGGAAGGCUCUAACCUGACACUCACCUGUAAAGCUGAUUCCCUUCCCGAGGUGUCUGCUUACACAUGGAAGAAAUCUUCUGCGACACACUCACAGACAGUGGGGCAUGGACAGAAAAUAACACUCCAUUUCCUGAAGAGCUCUGACUCUGACCAUUACUUCUGUAUCUCCAGAAAUGAAAUUGGCAGUGCUAAGUCCUCAUCAAUAUAUAUCAGAAUCAAGUAUGCUCCAAAAGGUGUCGAUAUCAAUCCUAAAUUAGCUGAACUCAAAGAGGGAGACAGGCUUACACUCACAUGUCUGGUGCAAAAGAGUAAUCCAGAAGUUGACAUGCAGUCCUACAGAUGGUACAAAGAUGGUCAAGAGAUUAAUCAACAAACAAUGAAUACAUUCACUGUGCCAAGUGUAAGACAGCAUGAUAAAGGAGUGUAUCAGUGUCAGGCCAGAAAUUCAGUAGGAGAGACCAUGUCUACAAACAUUACCCAAGUAUCUGUGAAGUAUCAUCCACAAAACACAUUCAUUGACGGCACAAGUGAAAUAAAGUUGGGGUUUGAACUUAACCUUAAAUGUGUUACUGAGGCCGAUCCUCUUCCUCACAAAUAUUCCUGGUAUUUUAAACCAGAACAUGAACAGCAGUUUGUCACCCUUUCACACACGGAUGAGAUGUACCGGAUUGAGAAAGUGGCUGUUAGUAAUGCUGGGUUGUAUAAGUGCAGUGCGCAGAACGUUGUAGGUAAAGGAGCAAACUCUACUGAAAUAAACGUUCUUGUGUUCUAUCCCCCCAAAACACCAAAUCUGACCAUGAAAGAAGUUGUAGAGGAAGAAGAAUUAUAUACUAUAACAUGCACUGUAGAAAGCUCACCCCAGGCGACGCUCACACUAAGCAGAUCCUCUCUGACAAACCCAGAAAAAGACAUAAUCACAGUUCAGUAUGUUCAGUCCAACAUACUCAAAUUUGCUGCCAAUGCGACCGUGUCAGAUGCAGGUAUGUACACCUGCGAAGCGGAAAACACAGAGGGAAAAAACUUCUCAAAAAAUCAGCUGAAAGUUUUGUAUGCCCCUAAAAAUGUUACUGCAUUAGCAGAUCCUGGUGUAGAGCUAAAGGAAGGCUCUAACCUGACACUCACCUGUAAAGCUGAUUCCCUUCCCGAGGUGUCUGCUUACACAUGGAAGAAAUCUUCUGCGACACACUCACAGACAGUGGGGCAUGGACAGAAAAUAACACUCCAUUUCCUGAAGAGCUCUGACUCUGACCAUUACUUCUGUAUCUCCAGAAAUGAAAUUGGCAGUGCUAAGUCCUCAUCAAUAUAUAUCAGAAUCAAGUAUGCUCCAAAAGGUGUCGAUAUCAAUCCUAAAUUAGCUGAACUCAAAGAGGGAGACAGGCUUACACUCACAUGUCUGGUGCAAAAGAGUAAUCCAGAAGUUGACAUGCAGUCCUACAGAUGGUACAAAGAUGGUCAAGAGAUUAAUCAACAAACAAUGAAUACAUUCACUGUGCCAAGUGUAAGACAGCGUGAUAAAGGAGUGUAUCAGUGUCAGGCCAGAAAUUCAGUAGGAGAGACCAUGUCUACAAACAUUACCCAAGUAUCUGUGAAGUAUCAUCCACAAAACACAUUCAUUGACGGCACAAGUGAAAUAAAGUUGGGGUUUGAACUUAACCUUAAAUGUGUUACUGAGGCCGAUCCUCUUCCUCACAAAUAUUCCUGGUAUUUUAAACCAGAACAUGAACAGCAGUUUGUCACCCUUUCACACACGGAUGAGAUGUACCGGAUUGAGAAAGUGGCUGUUAGUAAUGCUGGGUUGUAUAAGUGCAGUGCGCAGAACGUUGUAGGUAAAGGAGCAAACUCUACUGAAAUAAACGUUCUUGUGUUCUAUCCCCCCAAAACACCAAAUCUGACCAUGAAAGAAGUUGUAAAGGAAGAAGAAUUAUAUACUAUAACAUGCACUGUAGAAAGCUCACCCCAGGCGACGCUCACACUAAGCAGAUCCUCUCUGACAAACCCAGAAAAAGACAUAAUCACAGUUCAGUAUGUUCAGUCCAACACACUCAAAUUUGCUGCCAAUGCGACCGUGUCAGAUGCAGGUAUGUACACCUGCAAAGCGGAAAACACAGAGGGAAAAAACUUCUCAAAAAAUCAGCUGAAAGUUUUGUAUGCUCCUAAAAAUGUUACUGCAUUAGCAGAUCCUGGUGUAGAGCUAAAGGAAGGCUCUAACCUGACACUCACCUGUAAAGCUGAUUCUCUUCCCGAGGUGUCUGCUUACACAUGGAAGAAAUCUUCUGCGACACACUCACAGACAGUGGGGCAUGGACAGAAAAUAACACUCCAUUUCCUGAAGAGCUCUGACUCUGACCAUUACUUCUGUAUCUCCAGAAAUGAAAUUGGCAGUGCUAAGUCCUCAUCAAUAUAUAUCAGAAUCAAGUACCGGCCACGCAUAACACUUAUCCACAACAUGACAUCACUGGGUCUAUGGGAAAAGGCGGUACCAAUCCACCUGAGUUGCAGUGUUCAGUGUGAUCCACCAGCCACUUUCUUUGCAUGGUACAAGAUGGAGGAAAACACCACUGUCUUGUCAAAUAAUGUGAACUACACAGUUCAACCACAAAACCCAGGAACGUACUACUGCUACGCACGCAAUGAAGAAGGGGAAUCAAGAUCUGAACCAGUCAAAAUAUUUCUUAAUCAUUUCAUUAUUAAACAGCUCGUUCAGGUCAUCAUCUCCUUACUGGUCAUCGUGUUUCUGAUUGGUGUCAUAUUUCUGAUACAGAGAAUCAUCCUGAGAAAAAGAUCAGCCCAACGGUCAUUUUUCUUCUCAGCAGCUCCAUUAUGUUUUUUAUCGGACUUGGGUUCAUCGGACUCAUGUAAUAACACUAGGGAGAACUUGGUGAUGGAGGGAUCUACAGAGCUCUCCAGCUUCAGAGAUAAUCAUUCUGCUGUUCAAUCAAAUCCUCCAGCCAACAGGAACAUACAAGCAGGAAGGCCAAAUUCUAACAUUCCAUCCAAGCAGAAACAGCAUCAUACAGAAGAGGAUUUAACCAUGACCACUGUGAAUUAUGCUAUGCUGCAGUUCGUGGACAGCAACAAUCCAAAUAAAAGUGUACCGAGCCAUGACGAUUCUGGCCCAGUCUAUGCUGACGUUUCAAAAAAUAAACAAAUGGCAAAGAAACCACAAGAUGGUCAUGAAGAUUAUGAAAACGUCUCGGGUGUGUGCCGCGAAGCGGCCAUUUCCCAACAUAAACUGGGACUCGGACAGCAGUGAAUCAGAAGAAGAGGUGAAUUACACUAAAGUGUCAUUCACUGUAACAUCACACCACAAUACACAGAAGGAUGUAUUGAGUUCAGAUGAGGAAGACAAAACUGAAUACCCUGAGGUCAAAAUUUAGGGUUAGAACAAUUAUGAA